UUAAGAAAGAGGAAUUGUUCCUUUUGUAAAGGUUAUUUUCUCCUAACACGUGAAGUUUAUUUGGUUUCAAAAAAAGAGGUCUGAGUUGUCAUUCCAUCUUGAAUCACUUAACCAGAUAUCUGAGUGGAAGCUGGGAAAAUAGACCGUCACUCAUCAAAAUGGAAUAAGCCGAAGAAACAUGAGUGAAUAUCUUAUGACUUCCACAUGUGACCGGAUGCUCCAGUCUUUAUCUACAUUUUCUGAGAUUGACUUGGGAGGGAAAAAGCUUUGAAAGGAAGGAAAAUAUGAAUCCAAUGAAACUCAUAUUAUUGCCCUUGUUCUGGCCUUGUUUCAGUGCCAACUGUGCAGGCACUACAAAUGCACGCAAGUCAACUUGCAUGAUUAAGAAUGCCAAAGCAGACUGUAGUCACAUGAAUCUGGAUGCAAUUCCAACGGACUUACCUGCAAAUAUUACCGCACUGGAUUUAUCUCACAACAGACUUAAAACUCUGUCUUCCCUACAUAUGUACACAAAUCUGGUGAAUAUAGAUGCGAGCUACAACUCUUUAGCGGGCAUAGAAAAGGAUCUUUGUCUUUCUCUGCCGCAUCUGCAAUAUCUUAAUGUGCAACACAAUCAAGUGUAUUUGAUAAGCGAGAAAGACCUGAAAAACUGUUCUCAUUUGACAUGGCUUGACCUGUCUGACAAUAAGCUGAAGCUACAAGGGGAGCCCUUCUCUCUCUUAAAGAAUUUAACAUGGUUGGAUGUGUCCCGAAACAAACUGACAUCUGCUAAUCUGGGCACACAACCUCAGCUGCCAAACCUGGUGACCCUGGUUCUCUCUGGAAAUAACAUUAACAUACUGCAAAAGAAUGACUUCUCAUUUCUCAGUAAUUCUUCUUCAUUUCGGGUUCUGAUUCUCUCAUCUCUGAUUCUUAAAAAGGUGGAGAAUGGCUGUUUCAAGGCUAUUGAUACACUGUCUGACUUGGUGUUGGAUAGCAGCAAGCUCACCUCUCAGUUUACCACCAGUCUUUUUGAAGAACUUGCUGACACAGCCUUGCGAAACCUUUCUCUUAGGAACACUGAGCAGGUGACACUGUCAAACACAACUUUCCAAGGUCUAGAGAAGACUAAGAUCACAAGUCUGGACCUCAGUGAAAACAGAAUUUCAAAGAUUGUAGAUGGUGCCUUUCAGUGGUUGCCCCAACUGGAAUUUUUGUCUCUGGAGCAUAACACAAUUAGACACCUAACUAGAGACUCAUUCAGUGGACUAGGAAACCUAAGGCAGCUCAACCUGCGGAAAGCACUAAUUAAAAGUCAUGCAUCCUUACCAGUUAUAGAUGACUUUUCCUUCCAACAUCUAGUCCAGUUGGAACAUUUGUCCAUGGCAAAUACUGCCUUCCGAGAGUUAACUGAACAAAUCUUUUCUGGACUUCUGAACCUGAAGACAUUGGAUUUGAGUUGGAGCAUCACAGGGUUAAAGACAAUCACAAAUAGAACCUUUGCUGGUCUGCAAGAAUCUCCACUCCUUCAGACUCUUAAUCUUACAGGCAUGGGCAUUAACAAGUUGGAGCCUGGUGCCUUCUCAAGUUUAGGAAAUCUUAGCAACCUCCUAAUGAGUCGCAAUUUUAUCAAUCAGCAGUUACAAGGGAAUGAGUUCAAAGGCCUCUCUAACAUUAAAGAGAUUGACAUGUCUAUAAACCAACAAAGUAUUUCCCUCACCAAUGCAUCAUUUGUUCAUGUUUCCUCAUUGAGGACCCUAAAGCUAGGCCGUGCUUUAAAAGGGACCUUAGAUAUGGAACCAUCUCCUUUCAGGCCACUUGUCAACCUCACAAUCCUAGAUCUCAGUAAUAAUAAUAUUGCAAACAUAAAUGCUGACUUGUUGGAAGGUCUGUAUAAUCUAAAAGUGGUGAAAAUGCAGCACAACAACUUGGCUAGAUUGUGGAAAAUGGCAAAUCCUGGUGGUCCAGUGCUGUUUCUGAAGGAUGCUACAAAUCUGUCGUAUCUGAAUCUGGAUUACAAUGGCAUCGAUGAGAUUCCACCUACUGCUUUACAUGGCUUCUCUGAGUUGCAUGAACUAAGUCUGCGUGGCAAUCUCUUGGAUAAGUUGCAUGCCUCUGUUUUUGAUGACCUAAAUUCUUUAAAAUAUUUGCAUCUUCAAAAGAACCUUAUUACAUCUGUCCAAAGUGUUACGUUUGGCGUGCCACUGUCCAAACUGAAAGAACUUUACAUGGACCACAACCCAUUUGACUGCACCUGUGAGAGCAUCCUGUGGUUCUCUGAAUGGCUGAACUCCACCAACACCAGUGUUCCAGGAUUUCCUCAAAGUUAUAUCUGCAAUACCCCCAAUGCCUACUUUAAUCACUCUGUAAUGAACUUUGAUCCAUUGUCCUGCAAGGACAUGACACCUUUUAAGGCGCUGUACAUUUUGAGUAGCACGGCAGUGUUACUGUUGCUGUUUAUAUCUCUUCUGGUACACUUCCAGGGAUGGAGAAUUCAGUUCUACUGGAGUAUAAUGGCAAACCGUAUGUUGGGGUCACUGAAGGAUGCAAAAGUUACCGAAGGUAGAUUUAAAUUUGAUGCUUAUAUCAUCCACGCUGGUGAAGAUAAAUCAUGGGUGGAACGAAGCUUGCUCCCUCUAGAGGACAACGAUAUAAAUUUUUUCUAUGAACAGAGAGAUUCUACACCUGGGCAUUCUCGUCUUGAGACAAUUGUUGAUAACAUGGUACACUCCAGGAAGAUAAUUUUUAUUAUAACAGAAAUGCUUUUAAAGGAUCCAUGGUGUAGGCAAUUCAAAGCCCAUCAUGCGCUACAUCAAGUAAUGGAGGAUAACCGCGACUCGCUGAUCCUGAUUUUCUUGGAAGAUGUAACUGAUUACAAUCUGAAUCGCUCUCUACAUCUUCGUCGUGGCAUGUUGAAGCCUAAAUGUGUCCUCUACUGGCCUUUACACAGGGAACGUAUCCCAGCAUUUCAUCAGAAACUCCGCUCAGCAUUAGCCUCUACCAACAAGGUCAACUAGAAUUUUUUUUUUCAAUCAGCAGUGCUGUAUAUUUUAUGCUUUUAGCCUGUCAAAUUAAGCAAAUUGAUAAACAGACUUCCAUGAUACUGAGCGUUUCACUACUUUAUCCUCUUUUGUGGUCACAAUUGCAUAAUCUUAUUGGAAGUACAAACAAGAUACUUUUGAAGACAAAAGCCAACUGCCCUGUAAAUAGCGUAGUUCACAAAACAACAACAACAACAACUUAAAAUUCUUAAAAACUGCUUGCAAUGUUUUGUGAACAAUUGGUUUUUGUAACUUGGAAUCUGGGGAUCAAGGUACAGUGAAUUGUACUUCAUUAGUUUUCUGGGAAAAGUUCUGUUGCCUCCAAAGGGCAGAAAAAUAAUAGGAAAUGUGCUCAUCUUCAUCCAGUUUAAAAGUUUUCACGGUUCUUAAUGCUUUUUUCCACAUUUUCUGUAAUGCUGCAAGUGGUUCACAAACUUUUCAGCAGCAAUGUACAGUAUAUUUUUAUUAUUCCAUUAAAAUAUUGAAGGGACUAUUUUUGUUUCCCAAACAAAAUCAAGUGAAGUAACCAAGUCUGUCUUUUAAACCAGUAUUUACUGUAUGCUAAACCAUGUCAAUGUCUGCACUAAGAAAGCAGUUUACUUAUGUUAGAAUGCUAACCAGCUAAAUUGUACAAGGCAGCCACCCAGUGGUCGUUUCUUAAAAAUAAAUCCACCCUGCCUCCCUUAGUUCACUGAAUAUUUCUUACCAUAUACGAUUCAUACAAAAUUUAUUAUAAGAACAUGCUGUAAAGCAGUGGUUUUCAAGCUUUAAGAGUGAUCUUUUUAUUUUUUACAUUGAUGACCAUAAUGUACAUUUGUACAUAAUGUACAUCCAAAAAUGUACAUUUAUCAUAUUGCUAUCAACUAUUAAACUCAUAAUCUUGUAAUAACUGA